UAGAUGGCGCUUUCGUUUCCUCAUCGUACACGUAGAGAUCGUCGAUACGUCGAAGCGUUUGGUUAUAUUUUGUUGCGCAUGUAAUACGAUUAUACAAAUCAUUGAAAAAGAUGAAUUUGCGAAGACAUGCUCAAUUCCUUGCCAGAACGAUAUUUGUCAAGGACAAUGAUGUUGAUAAGGCAGCACGUACAUUGAAUCGUAUUCUUAAUGCUGAAGGUAUAUUUCAACAAUAUAGACUAACUAGAUACUUUGAGAGACCAACAAGGACAAGGCGAAGAAUUAAUUAUGAAAGGUGUAAAGCUAUAUAUGAUGAGGAUAUGACAAGAAAGAUAAAAUUAUUAACAAGGACGGUUAGAGAAGAAGCUUAUCCUGGUUGUUCUUAAAGAUACAUAUAAGUAUACAAUUGACUUGUAAUUAAAAUUAUCAUAUCUUUUGAUUAAAAUUAUCUGAUUCGUACACCACUAAGUAAAAGGUUGAAAAAAAGUUUGAAGAAUAUUCAUUCCUUUUAAUGACUUUAAAAAUGUCUAAUAAAACUAAUCUCAUCUUAGGUAUUAAACAAAUUAAUAAUUUAUAAUUUAUGUUGUUUACAAUUCUAUAAAAUCCAUUUUAUCAUUUAAGAUCUUAUUAUUGUAAGACGUAAUUGUACAAGCUAAAUUAACUGGGAUACACAAAAUGCAUAUUUUAUCUAUACAUUUUAUAUAUAUGUAUAUUGUUUACUUUUCUUAAUAUUAUCCAGGUCAAUAUGAUUAUGUUCAGCAUUAAUAUACUUCUAUUUGAACAUUCUGAUAGUAUUCCAAAACCAAGAGACAUUAAUAAAUAUUGUUAACUAUG